AUGCCAUAUAGACCAGCCUCUUUACACUGCCAUACAGACAAGACCAGCCUCUCAACCGUGCCAUACAGACCAGCAUCUCCACCAUACCAUAAAGACCAGCCUCUCCAUCGCGCCAUACAGACCAGCCUCUCAACCGUGCCAUACAGACCAGCCUCUCUACCAUACCAUACAGAUCAGCCUCUCCACCAUACCAUACAGACCAGCCUCUCCACCAUACCAUACAAACCAGCCUCUCCACCAUACCAUACAGACCAGCCUCUCCACCAUACCAUACAGACCAGCCUCUCCACCGUGCCAUACAGACCAGCCUCUCCACCGUGCCAUACAGACCAGCCUCUCCACCAUGCCAUACAGACCAGCCUCUCCACCGUGCCAUACAGACCAGCCUCUCCACCAUACCAUACAGACCAGCCUCCCCGAUUCAUUGGAAAGUUUCUUGCUCCCGCAAAUAAAACGAGGCAUUAUGCCAAUGUUGUAAUAAAACUAAGCUCAACAGAGACCAUGUUGAUUAUGGAUGUAUUGGCUUACAAAUUGUAUUACAGAUAUUUGAAACUCAACUCUUCAAUUGUCUCUUGA